AUGUCGCCCCCAAAGAAUGCCCUGAUCGCCGUUACGUCGGCACACGCAGCCUUGUAUCCGGAAGGCAAAGAAACUGGUCUUUUCAUUACCGAGGCAUUGCACCCAUUUGAGGUGUUUCAAAAAGCCGGUUUCGAAGUUGACCUUGUAUCUGAAACUGGAACCUAUCAGCCCGACUGGCUUUCACAGCAAAAAGAUUGGCUCUCGGAUUCUGAGCGAGCUACAUGGGAGGACCAUUCUAGCGAGUUUCGUAGCAAGCUGGAUCAUCUUCUUCAGCCAAACGACAUUGACCCAGCAAAGGCAUCUGGUCAUGCAUCCCUGAUUGAUUACCCUGUUGCUCAUGGGCUCCACAGGGUUGCCUCCAAAAUGUAUGCCUCGGGAGCAGUCAUUUCAGCAGUUUGUCACGGCGGUGCAAUAUUCCCAGGCGUUGUUGACCCAGUCACCUCUAAGUCUAUAAUUGCGGGUAAAAGAGUGACUGGAUUUACCACACAAGGUGAAGAAGAAGAAGGAGUUCUUGACACUAUCAAGAGUUGGAACCGCCCUACUAUUGAGUCACAUGCGGUUAACGAGGGUGCUACUUAUGUCCCCCCGCCAGGACCAUGGGACGCUUUUGCAAUCUCCGACGGGCGCAUUGUUACCGGUGCCAAUCCCGCUAGUGCUACGGUCACGGCCGAAGAGGCUGUCAAGGUAUUCCGCACCUUGUAA